AUGUUUGCCACCCCCCUCCGCCGCUUUUUCGGGCUCGUAACGUUCUACCUCGUGCUCCAAAUGAGCAGUGUCACGGCUAUCCCCUACGGGGUGCGUGCUCUCGAAGCUCGCGCGACGCAAGCUGCCCCUCACUUCGUUGCCUAUGCGGACAAGUACCAGUCUGGGGUCACUGGUCCUCCCGCCGUCUCCGCGAUCAAGGGCUUCAAUGUCUUCUUGCUUUCCUUCUGGCUCGUCGAGGGCGCCUGGGACAAAGCUUACGAGUGGACGACUCUUUCCGCCACGGACCGCGCAUCGAUCAAGAGUCAGUAUGCCGCCGCGGGCAUCAAACUCAUGGUUUUCGCAUUCGGCUCGACCGACGUGCCGACGACCUCGAACUACAACCCCACCACGCUCGCGAACUCGCUUAGCUCCUGGGUGAUCCAGUACGGCCUCGAUGGCGUCGACAUCGACUACGAGGACUUCAACGCCAUGGACGGCGGCUCUGCCGAGGCGUGGCUCAUCACCUUCACAACCGCGCUCCGCAAGCAGCUGCCGGUCGGACAGUACAUCGUGACCCAUGCUCCGGUCGCUCCCUGGUUCACACCUUCGUCUUACCCGGGCGGCGGAUACCUCAAGGUGCACUCGGCGGUCGGCAACCUGAUUGAUUGGUACAACAUCCAAUUUUACAACCAGGGCGCUUCCGAAUACACCACCUGCUCAGGCCUGAUCACCGCCUCUUCCUCGACAUGGCCCCAGACCGCGCUCCUCCAGAUCGCCGCGAACGGCGUCCCGAUGGAGAAGCUCGUGAUCGGCAAGCCCGCGACGACCGGCGACGCGAACAACGGGUACAUCGCCCCCUCGACGCUCGCCACCUGCGUCCAGCAGGCCAAGAACAAGGGUUGGACUGGCGGUGUGAUGACCUGGCAGUACCCCGACGCCGGCACGGCUUGGAUCACGACCGUCCGCUCGCUCUCAUGGCCGGUCUAA